AUGUCUAGCAAACACACCAUGCAGCUCCUACCAGUCGCAGUCUCAAUGGCCAUCCUCCUCGUGGGAGCCGCGGCGGCCACGAAGACAACGACGCACCUCAAGUUCUACAUGCACGAUAUUGUGACGGCGGUGCCGCCGAGCCCAGCAACGGCGGUGCGCGUCGCCAGGGCGGUGACGCAGCUGCCGCCCCUCGAACCAGCCUUCCGCUUCGGGGACGUGUUCGUCAUCGACGAUCUUCUGACGGAGGGGCCCGACGCGGCGUCCCCGGCCGUCGGCACAGCACAGGGGUACUAUAUGUACGCGUCGCGGACGGACGCCGCGCUGAUGCUAAGCGUCAACAUGGUCUUCACGGCGGGGCCGCACAACGGCAGCACCAUCGCCGUGCUCGGAAGGGACGCCAUCCUCGACCCCGUCAGGGAGCUGCCGGUCGUUGGCGGCACCGGCGUGUUCCGCGGGGCUACCGGCUAUGGUCUGCUCCGGACAUACGCGAUAAACGGCACCACCUUCAACGCAGUGCUCCAGGUCGACAUGUACGUGCACGCGCGUGUGUAA